UGUUGAUAAACGAGCUAGUCUAAGUAACUUAAGUUUAUUAAUUGUUUAUUUUUCUAAUUUUAAUACAGAUAUUGAAUAAGCUUACCGAAAUUCUCACUAACAGACGUUGUAAUGGUGUAUUAUUAUAAUCGUUUAUAUAUCUACCGUUAGCAUUUAUAUUACUUGCAGGCUGAUUAUGGAAAUGUUUAUUUCGAGUCAUAGGCCUAGGUUCAACCGCUUAAUGUAAUAAUGUAAGCAAGAGAUUAGGUAGCGUAAUACAAUUGUUUGGGGCAGACUGAGAGCCAAUCUAGCUUUAACCUGAAAGAUGGCUCUUCCUCAAGGGAGUAUAACAGACCCCUUGACAACACAGAUGAACACGUACAAAUCUUAUGUCACUACGAUCGGUGACCCUGGUGCCAAAGAAGAAAUAAAACUUCAGGCUGCUCAGGAACUCAGCGAGAACUUUGAGGUCAUCGUCAUGUCCCCAAAGUAUCCAAGUUUCCUGGAGCACUCAUUGAAGAUAUUUUUGGAUAUACUUUCAAAAGGAAAGCCACACUUUGUUGCUGAAAAUAAUCUACAUGCCGUCCGAAAACUGUUACUGGAAAUGAUCUACAGAAUGCCACCCAAUGAACUGCUCAAGCCUCAUGUGGAGACGAUUCUCACUUUGUGUAUGAAACUACUUGAACUGGAAAAUGAACAAAAUGUGUUGGUGUGCCUGCGGAUCAUCAUAGAACUGCAUAAACAUUUCCGACCAGCUUACAAUCCAGAAAUUCAUCACUUCCUACAGUUUGUUCGGUCAAUCUACCAAAAUUUACCUGGCCACAUGGACAAAAUAUUUGAGCCUAAAGAUCCUAUAAAGGUGUCAGAUCUUUCGGAACUGAACAUCGAAGGGUUACUUUCUAUCACCUACACGGCCGUGCCAAUUCAAGUGGAUAAGAAACUGGCAGAUGGAAGAUCUGCUACGGAAAAGUGUACAUUGAUCCCCAAAGGGAUUCUUUCACUCAAAGUGCUUCAAGAGCUUCCUAUUAUAGUUGUACUCAUGUACCAACUUUACAAACAGAACGUUCAGCAAGAAGUCACUGAUUAUAUACCAAUCAUUAUUGGUACUAUUACACUCAAGCCAGCGGAACAUCACAGAGCGAACCCCAACUUCAACAAAGAGGUGUUUGUCGAUUUUAUGGGCGCUCAGAUCAAGACUCUGUCUUUCCUGGCGUACAUCAUCAGGAUCUACCAGCAGAUAGUGGGAGAACACUCACAGCUGAUGGUGGAGGGGAUACUGGGCAUGCUGACCCUGUGUCCCAUGGAGGUCACCCAUCUCAGGAAGGAACUGCUGAUAGCGGCCAGGCACAUUCUGGCCACAGAGCUGAGGAUCAAGUUUGUGCCGUUCAUGGACAAGCUGUUUGACGAGGCGGUGUUGCUGGGGCGAGGCUGGACGACCCACGAGUCCCUCCGUCCUCUGGCCUACAGCACACUGGGGGACUUGGUGCAUCAUGUGAGGCAACAUCUGCCCAUGUCCGACCUGGCCAAGGCCGUGCAUCUGUUCUCCAACAACGUACACGACGAGACACUGCCUACCAGUAUCCAAAUCAUCUCAUGCAAGCUGCUGCUGAACCUGGUGGACUGUAUCAGACAGAGGAGUGAGAGUGAGGCAGGUCAAGGUCAGGACUCUGUCCGGACGGGUCAGGACUUGCUCAUGAGGAUGCUGGAGGUGUUUGUCAUCAAGUUCAAGACCAUCGCCAAACUGCAACUGCCCAUUCUCAUACAGAAAUCAAAGGCCCAACAAGCAGCUACUCCAGCCCAAACUCCGACCACCACUUCAACAUUGCCUAACCUGGACAUAGUCAAGACUGAGCCAGACGUCAAACCUCCGAUAGGCUCUCCUCCAGCAUUGAUUGAGCCAUUAGCCAAUGUGAAGCCUGAAGAGAGAGAUGCGGGCAAAUCCAAGUUUGGAUUCCCGCCAUCCUUAGCCUCUACCUACACAGUGACUGACUGCAAGAGCUUGGUCAAAACACUGGUCUGUGGUGUUAAAGCAAUCACUUGGAGAUGCGCUUCUUUCAAGCAAGGCAACAUCACCGUGGAGGGAGGUAAGCUAUUCACAGCUAAGGAGACUGAGGUGUUUAUAAGGUUGGUGAAGUGGGCUAUGCAGGCUCUAGAUGUGUACACUCUCAACAUCACACCCAACGCUGUCCAGCAGCCUGGCACUAGACUGCCCCCCCAGCAGACAGUGCGCACCAAGGAGGAGAAGGAGGUUUUGGAACACUUCUCUGGCGUGUUUUCAGUGCUGGAUUCGCACACAUUCAGGGAGAUCUUCUCAACCACCAUAGAGUACAUGGUGGAGAGGAUUGCUCACAACUUUGCGUUACAAAUAGUCGGCAACACCUUCCUCUCAAACUGUGGAACGUCCCCGAUCUUCGCCACAGUCCUGGUAGAGUACUUGUUGGGACGGAUGGAGGAGAUGGGAAGUGGUAAUGUGGAGAGGAGCAACCUCUACUUGAAAUUGUUUAAACUCGUCUUUGGCAGUGUUCAACUCUUUGCUGCGGAAAAUGAACACAUGCUUCGUCCACAUUUGCAUCAGAUUGUCAACAGGUCAAUGGAGUUAGCAAUGACUGCUAAAGAGCCAUAUAACUACUUUCUACUUCUGAGAGCUUUAUUCCGGUCCAUAGGAGGAGGGAACCAUGAUCUGCUCUACCAGGAAUUCUUGCCUCUUUUGCCCAAUCUUUUACAAGGUUUGAACAGCCUACAGUCUGGGUUGCACAAGCAGCAUAUGAAGGACUUGUUUGUGGAGUUGUGUCUGACAGUGCCUGUGAGACUGAGCUCUCUGCUUCCUUACCUUCCCAUGCUGAUGGAUCCUCUAGUGUCAGCUCUUAAUGGCUCACACACACUCAUCAGUCAGGGUCUGAGAACGCUGGAGUUGUGUGUGGACAAUCUUCAGCCAGACUUCCUGUAUGAGCACAUCCAGCCUGUGAGAGCUGAGCUGAUGCAGGCAUUGUGGAGAACCCUGCGCAAUCCCACAGACCAGGAGGCCCAUGUAGCAUUCAGGAUCCUUGGCAAGUUUGGUGGCCGCAACCGUAAGAUGAUGAUAGAGCCGCAACGGCUGGAGUACAGUGUAAGGGAGACACCGGGACCAGCUGUUGUCGUCCACUUCCCUGAUCACAACAAGCCGAUCGAGCUGCCUCUGGAAAAGAUCAUAGAAACUGCAGUCAGUGCGUUGAAGGCCAGUGCUACAGACCCCUUCUACAGGAAGCAAUGUUGGGAAGUGAUCCGAAGCUAUCUCAUAGCCUCUAUCAAGCUGGAUGAUGACAAACUGACCAUGCAGAAACUGUUCACCCAUCCUAGUUUUCAAGAAAACAAGAUCAACGUGCUCCAGGGACUUCCUUACAAAUCCUCUGACAAGUUGGCUCGCCAAACCCAUGUCAAUGGCCUCACUGGGAUGUUCAUUGCGGCGGCCAUGAAGGACUUGAAAUCCACAGUGCAGCCGACAAUGAUGGCAAUGGUCAGACACUACACCAUGGUCGCCAUCGUGCAGCAAGCCGGACCAUUCUCACUGAAUGCCAAGCAGGUCUGUUUGGAGGGCAGCAUGGACGCCUUGGUGCUGAUAGAUGCCCUGGCCAUCAUCAUGGGCCAUGAGGAGAAGGAGUUGUGCAAACCUGGUCAGGCCGCCCUGGCUCUCAUACUGCAGACGGCCACCAACAUACUGGGCAACAAAGACAGGGCAUGCAGACUGCCGAUAUUUGAAUACCUGGCAGAGCGCAUGUGUUCCCUCUGCUAUGACCGAGCGUGGUACGCCAAGCUGGGAGGCUGCAUCGCAAUAUCCUUCCUUUACGAGAGGAUGUCCAUCAGAUGGGUUUAUCAACACCUGUUUGUGUUUGUCAAAGCACAACUGUUUGUCAUGAUGGACCUCACUGGAGAAGUAUCCAGUGGGGCCAUAGACAAGGCUAAGAGUAACCUAGAGAACAUGCUAGUAUUGUGUGCGGCCCCAGUGGACCCAGCCUCCGACCCAGAGCUGGCUGCCAUUCAGAAGAAAGCUCUCAAUGAAGUCACAUACGAGCUGAUACGACAAGUCACCAGUCCCACUGACUUGCUGCGUCAACAGGCGAUGUAUCUGCUACAAGUGUUUGCGGACACACAGAAGAAAAGUGUGGUGGAGGUGAUGGAGCCUCACAAGGAUGAGUUGGCAGACAUGAUCCCUCCAAAGAAACACCUGCUACGUCAUCAGGCCGCUAACAUACAGAUAGGACUGAUGGAGGGAAACACCUUCUGUACCACAUUGUCUCCAAGACUCUUCACACUGGAUCUAAAUGUCGGGGAGCACGCCGUGUUUUACCAGGAGGUUAAGUCGCUGUGUGAAGCCCCGGACUCAACGCUGCAGAAGCUACCAUGCUACAAGAACAUCCGCUCGCUGGUGCCUCUGCGUAAUGCAGCAAUGCGUGCGCUGGCUGCGUGUCACUAUGUGCCGAGCUGCUCUAAAGACAUCUUCACCAUCCUGUACCAGGCACUGGAGCGGCCCAAUCCUGAGCUGCAGGAGGCUGCCUUUGAGUGCAUGAAGACGUUUGUUGCUGGCUCACCAAUAGAUAUGACGAUUGUACAUGAGGUGAUGAGGCCUCUGUUGUUGACACUGGGUGACUACCGCAACCUCAACCUGAGUGGAGCACGUCGCUUGUCUUACCUCGUGCAACUGUUUCCCUCCAGCUUCAGCGAGAAGCUCUGUGAUCAGCUGUUACAGCAUCUCAGGAAGAUGUUGGAUAACCUUGUUCAGGCACAGAAAGGUAUAUCCAAGAAUGGAGAUGCAGAGAAGAUAAUAGUCACUAUUAUCAACAUCUUCCAGCAAAUCCCCGCCGCAGGGCCACGCUUCAUAGAUGUGUUGUCCCAGCUGAUACUUCACAAUGAGAAGGCCAUGUUGAUCGGGGCCAGCUCGCCUUUCCGUGAGCCACUGAUGAAGUUCCUGCUGCGUUACCCAGCUGAGACAAUGCAGCUGUUCCUUCAGGAUAACAACAUCAAGGAUGAGCAGUGGAGCAGAUAUUUAGAAUUUUUGAUUCGUCACACCAAUGGAAAACCUUUCCGAGACGUUUUGCAGAACGACACCAGUGUUGAGAGACUGAUCUUAAUGGCGUUGGCAUUGUCCAAUAGUCAGUGUGCUCUGUCUGUCACGGACAAAAUGGAACUGCAAUACCAAAGCAUCCGAAUAGUGUCUUUACUAGUCAAGUUUGACGACCAGUGGCUCUCAUCCCAGCAACGGCUUGCACAGGCCUUCAGGCAGAUAUGGUGCAGCGAUCAGUACCAGGAGAGACACAAGAAAAUAGAGAAUGUUGAGUAUCAACACUGGAAAGAACCCAAGCUGCUGGUCAAAAUUCUCUUGCACUACUUCAGUCACCAUCCCAACAACAUAGACUUGCUGUUUCAGCUGCUCAGGGCAGUAUGUGAUAGAUUUCUACCAGAUUUCACUUUUUUGCGAGACUUCCUAGAGAACACCGUUGCUGGAGGAUAUACAGUUGAGUGGAAGCGAUCUGCGUUCUUCAGGUUCGUUGAACUGUUCCCGCAACCUUCCGUGUCUCAGGAGCUCAAAGCCAAGAUCCUCCAGCUGAUUAUCAUUCCCUGCUUUGCUGUGUGUUUUGAGAGAGGCGAGGGUGAAAAAGUGGUCGGCCGAUCAGCGCAAGACUCCCCCGACAACGUUAUAUUUGUCUUCAUCAACAAGGUGAUAGACCCAGACAACCCAUCAGGCAAUGCAGACUGUGUGCGGAUACUGCUGCUGCAGUUCUCAUGUCUGCUGGUAGAGCAGGCAUUGCCCCACACUCACGACACGGCUAACAAGGCCAAACUGCGCAAGCUGAUGACGUUUGCAUGGCCAUGCUUCAUGGAGAACAACUGCGUAGACCCAGCCACGAGAUACCACGGCCAUCUGCUGCUGUCUCACAUCAUUGCCAAGUUUGCCAUCCCCAGUCUGCCGUACAAGCGAAUCGUCUUGAAAGUUCUCAAGAUUGAUCCAUUUAUCUUGCCCUACCUUACCUUAUCUCCUUGGUCAAUUAAAGCAAGAUUUCCCCUUUCCUACGCUGCCUAUCCAUCUUCUCUAUCCUUAUCAGUGUUCCACGGGCUACUGAAGGCGCAUGCUAUAGAGGUGCGGCAGGUGGUCAGACAGGCGCUGGAGAUUCUCACACCUGCCAUGCCUGUCAGGAUGGAGGACGGCUACAAGAUGUUGACUCACUGGACCAAAAAGAUCAUUGUGGAGGAAGGACACUCCAUGCAACAGCUGUUCCACAUCCUGCAGCUGGUGGUGCGGCAUUACAAGGUUUACUACCCUGUGAGACACCACCUGGUACAACACAUGGUCAACUCCACCCAGCGCCUGGGAUUCAGCGCCUCCUCCACCAUAGAGUACCGCAAGCUGGCUGUGGAGCUGGCCGAGGUCAUCAUCAAGUGGGAGUUACAACGCAUCAAGGACGAGUCAGAGGCAGUGCAAGUCAAAAUUGAAGGAGCAGAUAACGUGCGUAAGGCUGCAGACGACGGUUCCUCCUCGUGGAAGCGCCUAGCUGUGCCUGGUCCAGCAGGGGUGCCAACUGCUACCAUCAAAGAAGACCCUGAUAUCAACAAGCCCAUAGACAGAGCCCACGCUGACACAGUCAUCAACUUUCUCAUCAAACUAGCUUGUCAGGUGAACGAAGUAAGCCCAGGCACGACGGCAGGCAACUCUCCCGGUGAGCUCCUGUCACGCCGGUGUGUGUCUCUGCUCAAGAUGGCGCUAAAGCCAGAGGUGUGGCCGCAACAGAACGUCGACCUAAGGCUGCAGUGGCUGGACAAAGUGUUCCUGGGUGUAGACGCCUCGCCUAAGUCGCCCAAAGAAACACCCAACCUUGGCAACGUGUGCACUGCCUUGGAACUCUUCACGUUCCUGAUCACGGUCAUGAGAAAAGAACAAGUGCUGACAACUGUGAAACCUCUCCAACGAGGGAUUGCUGCUUGCAUAUCCAGCUCUAACUCAAAGGUUAUCCGACUGACUCAUGGUCUACUGACCAAACUCAUGGGAGUGUUCCCAACAGAACCCACCGGUUCCUCUGUGGCAUCCAAGUUUGAAGAGCUUGAGUGUCUGUACAACUGUGUUGGAAAGGUGAUAUUCGAGGGGUUGGCAAACUAUGAGAAGAAUGCAUCUGCCUUGGCCACAUCAUUGUACGGGACCCUGAUGAUGCUAAAGGCAGCCUGUAGCAGUAACCCUGGGUAUGUGGACAGACUCAUCAUCCCCUUCAUACGAGUGAUACAACGGAUGGCAAGGGAACAUCUCAACCAGACCAACACAGACACCUCAUCAGCUACCAGUGACUUGCUGAUCUUGAGUCUGGACCUGGUCAAGAACCGUGUGGGAAUCAUGACUGUGGACACCAGGAAAACCUUCAUAGGCACCAUCUUGGUUGGUCUCAUCGAGAAAACUCAGGACACCAAGGUCAUGAAAGCAAUUUGCAAGAUGGUAGAGGAGUGGAUGAAGGUAGGCAAGAACGGGUGUGCAGUGGCAGGAACUUCUCAACUCAACGCAGGACCCAGUCUGCGGGAGAAGUCCAUCCUGCUGGUCAAGAUGAUGCAAUACGUGGAGAAGAGGUUCCCUGACCUCAACACUCAGUUCUUGGAACUUGUCAACUCUGUUUACAGAGAUGAGAGCUUGAAGACAUCAGAGUUAACAGUGAAGCUAGAACCCGCAUUCUUGGCUGGUCUCCGCUGUACUCAGCCGCAAAUAAGGGCUAAGUUCUUUGAGAUCUUUGACGGCUCGAUGCGACGCCGCCUACACGAGAGGCUCAUGUACAUCACGAGCUCUCAGAACUGGGAGCCAAUGGGACAACACUUCUGGCUUAAACAGUGCAUCGAGCUCAUCAUAGUCACAGCUAACUCUGGUAAUCAAAUCCAGCUAGCCAGGGAGUCAGGAUUGCUACCUAGUCUCUCCUCGGUGAUUGUCCUGGCUGAUCCUGCGGACAAGGAUAACUUCCUGGUGUACUCCAGCAUCUCUGAGGAGCCCCCAGAGAUUGAUACAGGAUUCUUGGACCCUGCACAGGAUGAGAUGGAGUUGGAGUUUGAGCUGAAGGAGAUCGUAGAGGGAGAGGAGGAGGGAGGUCGGCGUGCCACACUGAGUCAGCUGGUGGCACAACAGGCCAAGUUCCUGGAGGAGGCGCGCCAAGUACACACCAGUCAGCUGCUCGGUGCCAUGGCGCAGCUGUGUCACAUGGACACUACGCUGGCGGAGACUGUGUGGCUGCAACUGUUCCCCAGACUGUGGGCGAUACUCAGCACCAGGCAGCAGGAGUCCUUGACCGGAGAGAUUAUGCCGUUUUUGGUGAGCGGAAGUCACGUUAUCCAGAAAGACAUUCAUCCCAGCUCUAUUGCAGUUUUCUUCGAAGCACUGUCACACUGCAAUCCCCCAGUUGCAGUCAAACCGAGUGUGAUGUCAUAUCUGGGUAAGGCCCACAACUUGUGGCACCGUAUGACUCUCAGCCUAGAGAAGUUGGCGACAGAGCAGCAAGCUCAACAGUUGCAGACCAAAAACCGGAGGGACCCCAUUGAGUGUUACGACUUUGAACCAGAUAUUGCCCCUCAGCAGGGUAUCAUGGAUCACCUAGCAGAGAUGUACUUGACACUGAAGGAGGAGGACAUGUGGUGCGGCCUGUGGCAGAAACAUGCCAAGUAUCGGGAGACUAGCAUCGCCUUGUCCUACGAGCAACAGGGCUUCUUCGAGCAGGCGCUGGGGGCAUAUGAGCUGGCGCUGGGCAAGGGACGACAGGACUACGCCUCCAACCCUGCGCCUCUCAGUCUAGUCAGUGAGGAGAGACUGUGGGAGCGACAGUGGAUCAGAUGUUCCAAAGAACUGAAUCAGUGGGAGCAUCUACUGGAGUAUGCUAAAACCAGAAACCAUGUAAAUCCAUUCUUGAUACUGGAAUGUGCUUGGAGAGUGCCUGACUGGAGUCUUAUGAAAGAAGCUUUGAAUCAUGUGGAGAAUAAUUGCCCCAACGAUAUGCUGUGGAAGGUGCACCUGUACAAGGGGUUCCUCUCAAUCUGUCCGCCUGAUGAGCAGCACCUACAGUUGGUGGAGCGUCAUGUCAAGAACGCCAGUGCCACCUGUAUGAGAGAGUGGCGGCGCCUGCCUCACAUUGUCUCUCACAUACACCUGCCUCUGCUACAGGCUGCUCAACAGAUUAUGGAGUUGCAAGAAGCGUCGCAGAUACACCAGGGUAUCCUGCACGAGCGCAACAACACCUUCCAGGACAUGAAGGCCAUAGUGAAGACCUGGCGCAACAGACUGCCAGUGAUCGCAGACGACCUGAGUCACUGGAGCGAUGUAUUCACCUGGAGACAACAUCACUACCAGUUCAUCCUCAGUCACUACGACUCUCAACACGACCAGGUCAACAACAGCCAGAGUAUGCUGGGCACACAUGCAUCCGCACAGGCGAUCAUCCACUUUGGCAAGAUAGCCAGGAAGCACAACCUGACUGGAGUGUGUCUGGACUCUCUGUCCAGGAUAUACACCAUGCCUAGCAUCACUGUGGGAGACUCCUUCCAGAAGAUACGACAGACAGUCAAGUGCUACCUGCAGAUGGCCACACUCUCUGGCAAGAAUGAAUUGCAAGAGGCAUUGGAAGUGGUAGAGCUGACAAACUUGAAACAUUUCAAAAAAGAAAUGACUGCAGAAUUCUACGCUCUGAAAGGAAUGCUGUUGUCACAAAUAGGGCGUACGGAGGACGCACACAAGGCGUUCUCAGCAGCUGUGCAGAUGCACGACACACUGGUGAAGGCGUGGGCGCUGUGGGGAGACUACAUGGAGCAGCAGUUCACCAAACAGACCCCACCUAACAUAUCUACAGGCAUUGCAGCAAUCACAUGCUUCCUACACGCCUGCAGACAUCAGAACGAGAGCAAGUCUCGCAAAUACCUGGCAAAGGUCCUAUGGCUACUGACAUAUGAUGAUGAGAAGUUCUCACUGGCCGAGGCUGUAGACAAGUACGUGGUGGGAGUGCCUCCCAUACAGUGGCUGCCCUGGAUACCUCAACUGCUCACAUGUCUUGUGAGGAACGAGGGCAAACUCAUGCUCAAUCUGCUCAGCCAGGUGGGCCGCACAUAUCCCCAGGCUGUCUACUUCCCGUUGCGCACUCUCUACUUGACUCUCAAGAUAGAGCAAAGGGAACGCUACAAGAGUGCGGAGCUGGCGGCUGCUCUUGCAGGCAAACAGGCUCAAGGCCAAGGCACUCCAGGAACUUCAGACACUCAGCAGAGACCAGGACAGCCAGAGCCUGGUCCUAUGAAGGCCACACCCUCCAUGCUACGUUGUUCUCACAUCAUGAGGAUGCAGAGAGACAUCCACCCUACUAUACUCUCCUCUCUAGAGGGCGUAGUUGAUCAGGUGGUGUGGUUCAGAGAGAACUGGUACGAGGAGGUGUUGCGGCAACUGAGACAAGGGCUGGCCAAGUGUUAUCUGAUUGCUUUUGAAAACAGAAAGGCUGUCAACGAAGCCACUAUCACGCCACACACGCUGCACUUUGUCAAGAAGAUUGUAUCUACCUUUGGAAUUGGUGUUGAGAACAUCAACAGCAGUGUCAACUCCAACGUUGUCAGUUCAGCGUCCGAGAGUCUAGCGCGCAGAGCUCAAGUCACCUUCCAAGACCCAGUGUUCCAGCGGAUGAAGGGACAGUUCACUGCAGACUUUGACUUCAACGUACCCGGCGCCAUGAAGCUGCACAACCUCAUACACAAGCUGAAGAAGUGGAUCAAGAUACUGGAGGCCAAGACCAGGCUGCUGCCCAAGUCUUUCUUGAUCGAGGAGAAAUGUCGCUUCCUGAGCAACUUUAGUCUACAGACUGCUGAAGUUGAGCUACCAGGAGAGUUCUUACUGCCCAAACACUCACACUACUUUGUGAGGAUAUCAAGGUUCAUGCCGCGAGUGGAGAUUGUACAGAAACACAACACAGCGGCUCGUCGUCUGUUCAUCAGAGGACACAACGGCAAGAUCUACCCGUACCUGGUGGUGAAUGACUCUGGGCUGGGGGAUGCUAGGAAGGAGGAGAGAGUGCUGCAGCUGCUAAGGAUGCUGAACCACUACUUGGGCAAGCAGAAGGAAACAUCUCGCAGAUUCCUCCACUUCACAGUUCCAAGAGUGGUCGCUGUGUCAUCUCAAAUGAGACUGGUGGAAGACAAUCCUGCGUCUAUAUCAUUGUUGGACAUAUACAAGCAAAGCUGUGCUGGUCUAAACAUCAAGCAUGAUGCACCGGUCAGCAAGUAUUAUGAAAGGUUGGCCACAGUCCAAGCAAGAGGAGCUCAGGCUAGUUAUCAGGUGUUGAGAGACAUUCUCCGAGACGUACAGAAUGUGAUGAUCCCUCGGACUCUCCUGAGAGACUGGGCUGUGCGGACAUUCCCAUCCCCUACUGACUACUGGACCUUCCGCAAAAUGUUGACGCUGCAGAUGGCACUGGCUUGUUUCGCAGAGUAUGUGCUCCAUCUCACUCGUCUCAACCCAGACAUGAUGUACAUCCAUCAGGACUCCGGCCUGCUCAAUGUCGCGUACUUUAAGUUUGAUGUUGAUGACUCAAAAGGAGAGCUAGAUGCCAACAGGCCAGUGCCGUUCCGUCUCACGCCCAACCUGCAACAACUGCUGACAGACAUCGGUAUCUCCGGGCCAUUGACAGCCUCCAUCAUCGCUACAGCUCGCUGUUUCACACACCCCAACUUCAAAGUACAGACCAUCCUCAGGGCCAUACUGCGAGAUGAGAUGAUUGCCAGUCAUAAAAAGAAGCAAGAGGAGGAGGCUGCCAGUGUUACCACCGCGCCCACCGAUGUCCCAGGGGAGCUCAUCAUCACUAUGGUGACGAGAGCUGUGUCAGCCAUCACACAGAGGCUCAACAGUCUUGCCAACUUUGACGGCACCGACAGCAAGGUUAACACUCUAGUGGUGGCAGCCAAAAGUAGUGACAACCUGUGCAGGAUGGAUCCUGCCUGGCAUCCUUGGCUGUAACUCCAUCACUCCCUAGCUCUUAAGUUGUAACAGUAUUCUUUUGUUUUAAUUUUAAUAUGUGAUAAGUCUUUUGUACAAACUUCUUCCAUGUUUCAUACUUAUGUAAAUUUGUCAAAAAAAAUUUUACUCCUCUUACGUGUGGAGCAUUGGCUAUAUGUACAUAACUCCAUUCCUGAAUGUGAUUUUUAGAAAAUUAGAAAC